GUGUUUAGUCGUCACCAGAGAGAGAGAGAGAGAGAGAGAGAGAGAGAGGCCCCGACCCCUACCCGUCCCGAUGGCCACUCCAACCAUAUCGUUGGCUACAAUGGGUUCGUCGCGCAAAAAGGCAUCGAAAAGUGUCGAUAAUAAAACUGGCGAUAAAACUAGUGGUGAAUCAAGAAAUCUGAUGAACAACGAGAAAAAGUUGAGAAAAUUUUGGGGCGAAGAAUCAAAUGAAGACUCUAUUUAUUCAAUUUAUUUAAAGAAAAUCACUUAUUCUGGUGUCUAUAAUGACAUAUAUCGACUCAAUUUAAAUAAUAGUGAUAAUAAUAGUAGUGAUUGUGUGACCCGAUCGGAUCAAACAGAUUCAUCCACAUCUAGUGGUAAUAAUAAUAAUAAUAAUAAGAAACAACCGAAACGUACGACCACUUGGUUUGAUGACCAACAGUGCCUUCAAUGGGAAACCCGUCAAACGCGGACCAUCAGAGCGGCCACUUUGGAUCAUAUCGUCAAAUAUGUACUAUUGGUUACACCGAACAACAGUAAUACCGACAUUAGUAGUGGUGGUAGUAGUAGUCAGACACCGCCGAAGCCACCGAUAAUGGAAGUGCUCGAAGAGGAGCGCAAUAAUGUGGCCCACAUUAUGCACGUGUUAUUUUGCACGUACCGACAAUACCAUCCUCCUCAACAACUGUUAGCAGUUAUCUUAAAAUAUAUGUCACUGUGUUGUCAAAAACAAUUGAAUUUUCUGCUAAACUAUUGGUUAGACAACUAUAGCGAAGAUUUUAAAACUGAAUUCAUCGCAACAAACGAUGGCAAAGACAGUGAUAAUACUAAUCAGAUAAUCAACAAUACAUAUGAUUCAAUUGAUAGCUCCAUCAAUGGUGGCGGCAGUUGUUGUUCAUCAGCUAAUUCAUCAUCAGUUUCAUCGUCUAAUACUACUAUUAUUAAUAAUAAUACUAAUAAUAAUAAGUCGCCAAUACUUCUUGUGGACAAACUAUUAUCGAUACCUAAUAUCGAUGAAAGGAUAUAUAAAAAAUGUCUGAAUAUAUUAGACAUGAAACCUGAUCCAACACCGGAUGUUUUCCAAUCAAAUCAGAAAUCACAUAACAAGUCAUCGUCAGUACUGGAAUUGGAUCCAAGAUUUAUAGCCCAACAAAUCACAGCAAUUGAUUUGGAAAACUUUUUAUAUCUAAAACCCUAUUCAUUGCUCACUAAUUCGCGUCAAAAAUCAAAAAUUGAAACAAUGAUCAAAAAUUUUAACCAAUUGUCGAAACAUGUAAUCAUAACCAUAUUGAAAGCUCAUAGCCCACAUAUCGUAGCCUCCCAUUGGAUUGAAGUGGCCCAUCAAUUGAGGAAAAUCAAAAAUUUCAAUUCAUUAAAAGCAAUAAUAGCCGGCUUAACAAAUGAGUCCAUUUAUCGUUUGAAGCUAAUCGUCUGGAGUAAACUUAGCCGGGCAUCGAUAUCCACAUUCAAAUGGUUGUCCACUAUUGUCGACGAUGUCAACAAUCAGACACUGUUAAGGCACACACAGCUUAUAAUUGAGGGCACGUCUAAAGCGAGUCUGGAAGACGAGUCUUGCGGAACAAUACCAUAUUUGGGCACAUUUUUGACUGAUAUCACAAUGAUUAACACACGUUAUCCUAAUUAUAUUGAGUCACAAUCGGAUGUAAAAUUAAUAAACUUUGAGAAGUGUUCGCAACAAUACGAGAUCUUAAUGCAGAUCCAGUUGCUCCAGAAGAAUGUUAUGGCAUCGCUGACGGCACUACAGCAACAAACACAACAAUUAGGCAGAGGUUUUAUGCCGACAAUUAAGAACAAACCGUUUACGCCGACCAUUCCCCGAGUGGCCCGUAUUUUCAGGAUCUGGUUCCAGUCCAAUGGUAUCGAUGUCAUCACCGAUAAGCAAUGUUAUGAAAUGUCACUGGCACUGGAAAGUUCACCAACAAAAAUAAAAUAA